AUGGCAUUCUCACAAAUACUACUUUCCAACAAUUCAUCCUCAUCAACAUCAUCAACAGACGAUGUAUACUAUGAAGAUGAGUAUCCAUCACUUAACAACAAGGCCAAGACACCAACCAAAUCAACUCCAAAAUCCAAGCAACAUCAAACAACUGUACCAACAACACCAACAACGCCAAGGUCUAAAGUCCAAAAUCAACAACAACAUCAACAACAACAUCACCAACAACAACAACAGCAGGAAUAUGUAGAAUCAUUAUUUAGUGAUCAAUCAUUCAGUUUGGACAGCAUCGGGACAUCGUCGUCAUCUUCACAAUCAUCACAAUAUUAUUAUAAUCCACUUGGAUUAUCCAACAACAGUCAUCCAAGUGCAUUCGAUUGGUCAUCAAUUAUUGGAUUGAACAAUAUCAUCAACAGCAACAAUAGUAACAACAACACAGAUAACUCAACAUCACAAGCAAACUCAACAAUGUCAUUGUUUGCACAAACUCAACAACAACAGAAAACUGAGAACAUACUUUACCGCCAACCUGGUUCUGAAUAUUCCCAUUCAAUCUACACAUCACAAUAUCUCAAUCAUCAACAACUCCAACAACAACAACUACAACAACUACAACAUCAACAACAUCAAUCAGCAACAUCAACAACACAACACUCAUCAUUUUCCAAUAACUACUAUGGCAAUGGCAAUGGAACUGGCAAUGGAGUUGGUUCAUCAUCCAUCUGGGAGCAACAACAACCACGCCAAUCACAGUCACAGUCACAUCAUUUCCAACAACAACAACAACAACCUACAACGACUCAACUUCAACAUCAUCAACAACAACAACAACAUUAUCAUAACAAACAACAGAUUGAUCAGUUUGAGAAGGAUAAGCAGAGGGCAAGAGAGGCCGUGAUUGAGAAGUAUAGGAACUCACCGCAGCAUCAGCAGCAGCAGCAACCUCAGCGUCCGUGUUGUUAUUGUGGCGACGAGUCGAUAUUGGAGUGCUACCACUGUGCAAAGACAGGCUACGCCACUUACUUUUGCACGACUGAACAUCAGUCCCUAAUGUGGAAAGAGCAUCUAAGAGUUCAUCAACUGACCAGUAGUGGACAACAACAUCAU